AACUAACGAUGACUCCAAGUCUAUAAACUCGUAGACCAGUCGUAGUGUCAGGUUUUCCUGUUCGUAGAAGAAUCAGUAUGGUAUUUGAAAUAAAAGGAAAAGUUGCUUUGAUAACUGGUGGUGCUUCAGGAUUAGGUUUAUCCCAUGCCAAAGAACUUUUACGGAAUGGUUUGAAAGGUGUAACUCUUGCUGAUGUUAAUGAAAACUUAGGAAAAACGGCUCUGGAUGAAAUAGAAAAGGAAUUCGGCAAGGAAAGAGCUAUUUUUGUAAAAACUGAUGUCACUAUCAGAGAAGAUUUUCAAAAUGCUUUCGAAAAAACAGUGGAACAUUUCAAAAACGUCGACAUUUUGGUGAACAACGCUGGAAUUUUCAACGAUAACGGAACCAUACAUGGUGUCAUUUUAGGAUUGGAAAAUUUUUUGAAGAAUCAUAAACAAGACAGCGAAGCAGUCAUAUUGAAUACUUCUUCUAUUGCUGGGGUAGCUGGAUUGGAUUUGUUCCCGAUAUACAGUGCUACAAAAUUUGCAGUUUCGGGUAUCACAAAAAGUUGGGGACUCCCAUUCCAUUACAACAGGAGUCAUGUAAGGGUUGUUUGUAUUUGUCCUGGGUCAACAAAUACCCCUAUAUUUCAAGAUGACAGCAGUUUGUUAUUCAAAGAAUAUGCAAAGAUUUUGCCAAUCCCAAUCGAAACAAAUGGCACAAUCCAUGGAACCUUCUUGGGGAUGGAAAAAUACCUGAAGAACUACAAGCAAGGCGAAGAAGCCGUUAUAGUUAAUACUUCGUCAGUUGCAGGAUUGAGGGGAAACAACGCGUUUCCAGUCUAUGCGGGAACGAAAUUCGCAAUCAUGGGUACGACUAGUAGCUGGGGUAACUCAUACCACUAUGAAAGAACCAGAGUCAGAGUGGUAUCUAUUUGUCCUGGUGUCACAGCUACGUCUAUAUUAGAAACAAGAAAUUGUGCCUAUUCUAAAGAUUACGUUGGAGCUUGGACAUAUUCCAUUGAUGAUGCUAUUGAAGACAAAAACUUGUGUCAAACGGCAAAAGUAGUUUCGAAAGAGCUUGUCCGUAUUUUGAAAUAUGCUAAAAAUGGAACAGUAUGGGUUUUGGAACAAUCUAAACCAGCUUAUGAGUUCAAAAUGCCAUUGAAAGAGAGUUUCUUAGGAAAUGUUUUGGAAGAUACUGACUAGUAUAUAUAACGGUGAAUAUUACUGGAAUUUUAUCCCAACACCAAACCAUCAUUUUCAACACCUCGACACGUGUUUCAACCACCAAGUGGUUAUCUUCAAGGGGUAGAUUAAUCAAAUCAAUCUUCCUCUUGAAGAUGAUCACUUGGUGAUCGAGACACGUCUCGAGGUAUCAAAAAUGAGGGUUUAGUGUUGGGAUAAAACUCCAGUAAUAUUCAUUACUACAACAAAGAUUCCAAACAGUGCAUCAUAAAUUGAAAAAAGGCAAAAAAUUAAAUUUUGGAAAAAAUAAAAAACCACUGCAUGGAGUACAAAAUUCUCUAGAGAUUAGUAUACACCACGACACGACAUCACAAGUAUAUAACUGUGUUUGUAGAUGAUUGAUCCAAAUAAUUGUUGUAAAUUACUGAAUAUUAUAUUUCUUCGACAGAUUA